AUGGGGUCCAUUGGCAUACCCAGUGGGGGCUGUGCCUGUGGAGCAAUCACCGCCUCCUCCAUAGCAUCCAAGAUGAUGUCUGUAGUGGCUAUCACCAAUGGGGGCAGAGUUGCCGCCGGCAGCCUGGUGGCCACUCUGCAGUCAGUGGGGGCAGCUGGACUCUCUACAUCAUCCAAAAUCCUCUUGGGCUCUGCUGGGUCAGCUCUUGGGGCCUGGCUGGGGAGAUCAAA